UUACCUCAACCAUUGUAAACACUAAACACACUUUAUUAUUUCAUAGGAAAACAUGGCUAAACAUUAUAAGCCUUAUUUCCUCUUAUUUUGCUGCAUUCUCGUCGUGUUUCCUUUAUGGUUCUCUCAAUGUCGUGCCGCCGGAGAUGCGCCGCCGUCGGCAGCGGCGCCGUCGAAAAAUGUGUCGGCGUCCACCGUUUGCAAGUCCACGCCCUACCCCUCUUACUGCCAAACUGUUCUCCCCAGCAACAAUUCCUCUUCCAAUGUUUACGAUUAUGGCCGAUUCUCCGUCCGGAAAUCCUUAUCCGCGGCGCGGAAGUUUCUAUCCUUGAUCCAGAGGUAUCUUCGCAAUUCCAAGUCGUUAACCACCACCGCUAUUCGAGCUCUCAAGGAUUGCGAAUUCCUGGCCGGAUUAAACAUGGAUUAUCUCUCCAGCUCUUUCAAGACCGUCAACGGGACGUCCCGGUAUCUCCCCGUGUUGGAAGCCGACGACGUGCAAACGUUGCUGAGCGCCAUUCUUACAAACACCCAGACGUGUAUAGACGGCCUGCAAGCCACGUCAUCGGCCUGGAGCGUUAGGAAUGGGAUCGUGGCGCCGCUGGCGAACGACACGCGCCUGUUUAGUGUUUCUCUGGCUUUGUUCACUAAAGCGUGGGUGCCGAGGAAGAAGAAGGGCGGAGCUUGGCGACCGACCAAGAAACAGCUAGGGUUCCGGAACGGGCGGUUGCCGUUGAAGAUGUCGGAACGGACUAAAGCGAUUUUCGAGCGGGUUAGCCGGAGAAAGCUCCUGCAAACUCCGGAAGAGGACCAGGUUUUGGUGAAUGACAUUGUGGUUGUGAGUCAAGAUGGGAGUGGGAAUUUUACCACCAUUAAUGACGCCGUCGCCGCUGCUCCCAAUAACACUCAGUCCACCGACGGCUACUUCCUCGUAUACGUCACUGCCGGCGUGUACGAGGAAUACGUCUCCAUUGCCAAGAACAAGAAAUACUUGAUGAUGAUCGGCGACGGAAUUAACCAGACCAUCAUCACCGGAAAUCACAGCUAUAUUGAUGGCUGGACUACUUUCAAUUCUUACUCAUUUGCGGUGGUCGGACAAGGAUUUGUCGGAGUGAACAUGACAUUCCAGAAUACAGCGGGGGCGAUAAAGCAUCAGGCGGUGGCGGUUAGGAACGGUGCAGAUUUAUCCACAUUCUACAGUUGUAGUUUCGAGGGAUACCAAGACACACUAUACGCGCAUUCCCUCCGACAAUUCUACCGAGAAUGCGACAUUUACGGCACCGUGGACUUCAUAUUCGGCAACGCCGCCGCCGUUUUCCAGAACUGCAACCUCUACCCGCGCCUACCCAUGCCCGGUCAGUUCAACGCCAUAACCGCUCAGGGACGAACGGAUCCCAACCAGAACACCGGAACUUCAAUCCUCAAUUGCACCAUCAAACCCGCCGACGACUUGGCCAACAGCACCACCACCACCAACACUUUUCUCGGCAGACCGUGGAAGGAAUAUUCCAGGACGGUGUACAUGGAGUCGUUCAUGGACGGUUUCAUAAAUCCCGCGGGCUGGCAAAUCUGGUCGGGAGACUUCGCGCUCAAUACAUCGUAUUAUGCGGAGUUCAACAACACCGGCCCGGGAUCUAACACGAGUGCCAGGGUAACGUGGCUGGGUUUCCACGUAAUCAACGCCACCGACGCGGCGAACUUCACCGUCGCAAAUUUCGUGUUCGGAGAUGACUGGUUGCCGCAGACCGGAGUUCCAUACUUUAGUGGCUUACUAUGAACCCAGGCCAAGGCCAACAACUAAUUUAAUCCUCCAGCUUCACAUUCAUAACAAUAUACGAUCAAUCUGUGUUCUAUUUGUUUUUUUUUUCUUGUUCUUUAGGAUAAUUUAAUUAUUAUAUUAUAUUGUUCCGCCAUACCAAUAAUAUAUGUACACAAACUCCGCAAGGAACUUCUUGUUUGAUGAUUAUACAAGUGAAUUCAAUUC